UCGUGGCUGGGCCGGGUGCGCGACAUGGGGCGCCAGGAGCUGGGCGAGGACGCGCUGCUGCGGAAGCUUGGGGACAGCCGCCGCCGCUUCCAGAGGCGCAUGCAGCGGCUGAUAGAGAAGUACAGCCAGCCCUUCGAGGACGACCCGCUGGUGGAGAUGGCGACGCUGACCUACGAGACGCCCCAGGGACGGCGGAUGUGGGGUGGACGAUUAAUGACGGAAGGAAGCGAGGCACAAGCCCAGCAGGUGAGGAGGAGCGACAGCCCCCUGCAGACCGCGUCCCAAGGUCAUGAGGUCUCCCUGGACAGCACACGGGGCCAGGAAGCCGGCUCCCAAGGCAGCGACGUGGAUGCGUCUCCGGAGCGGGAGGCUGCGGCUGCCCGGGCUGUGGUGCCCGCAGCGCCCCAGGGCCCUUUGGAAAUUGAGUUGAGAAGGAAAUAUCUGACCCAAGUGGAUAUACUGCUGCAAGACGCGGAGUUUUUUGAGAGAGCAGCUCUCGGAGAUGGGAAGGACACGUACAAGACCCUGGCCCAGCCGGCCACGCCUGCCCCUGGGUGCCAUGGUGGGGUCUCUGGAAGCAGUCCCGGGGGCCCAGCUAAGCCGGCCUCGUCGCCCCAGGAGCAGUGCCCCCUGCAUCCUGGCUCCACGGACACGGGCACGGAACACCGAGACGACAGCCUCUGCUCCCUGGGGACGGCCGGGAGCGGCCGGUCCUGGGCGGCUGAGGAGGUGUGCUCCGUGACCAUCAGCGAGCUGUACGCGGGGAUGCUGCACUCCAUGAGCCGGCUGCUAAGCGCAAAGCCGGCGUGCAUCCUCUCCACCAGAGCGUCCGUGCUUCAAGGCUGGAGCUGCAGGCGGCGGCACAGGUGGAAGAGCAGGCUGAACAGGACGUACUGCGAGGCGGGCAGGCGUUCCCGGGGGAGCUCCUCGCACCCACCCCUGCCGAGGCCGGAGCCGGGCGCGGGACCACUGAGAGACUGCGAGAACCUACUCGAUGUUUCUCGCCGUAAGGCGGGUUUUAAAUUGGAAAGGGCUUGUCCUGAAGGCAACAAAUCCCAGGUUCAGACGGCAGAUCCGGGCUGGAAGGAGCUGCAGCUGACGCCACGGAGGAACUCGGCUCCGGCAGGCUCGGACGUCGGAGCGGUGCGCGCCCUGGGCCGGGAGCGCAGGCUCAGGAUGCUACAGUGGCUGAUUUCCCCUGUGAAGCUCGUCUCUGGACCAGCAACGCCACAGGGCCCCCGCGGGGAGCGCUACAGGGAGAUCCGGGUCCGAUUUGAGAGACUGCAUCGGGAGUACGCCCUGAGCCCCGGCAGACAGCCCCGCCGCACGGGCCUCGUGGACUCCUGGGCCGUGGGCCUGUACAGCAGCGGUCCAGUGAGCCCAGGGGGUUCCUGGAGCUUCGAAACCCACAGGCCAGGUCUGUCAGUGAGAGCGAAGGGCAAGACGUUGAGGGCGGCCUUUGAGCGCCUGGGCAGAUCCGUGGACUCAGGCCAAGGCCUGCCAGAGGGCGGUCCCUCUCCCUUGCCUGCAGGGCCCAGCCCCCUGCCGAGCCCAGGCCGCCCGCAGCAGGCGAGGAGCCUUGUCCCGGGAAGCAGCCCUGGCCUGGUUAGGAAGCCGGCGUCACCCGGCAGAGCUGUUCCAGGACCCAGGACAGAGCCUCUGGGCUGCGGGAGGAAUCGUUACGAUGAGAUUAAAGAAGAGUUUGACAAGCUGCAUCGGGAGUACUGCAACGCGUCACCGCGGCGGGUCGCAGCGUCUCCAGACACGGCAGGUGCGCAGGCCCGGCACCGGACAGACGAUGUCCUAGGAAAACUGAACCUGGACUCCUGGUCCCAGAAGUUGUCGCCGUCAGCCCAGUGGCCCAGAAAAGGCGCACUGGGCCUGAGCGCAGCGGAGGACGGGGCGUCUGCUGGAGCCACCAGGGGGGACCACUGGUCCCCUGCGAAGCGCCGCAGGCUGCCGGACCCCCAGCUGCGCACACCCUGGGCCGCCUCCUGGGACUCCCCAGGCCCAGACCACCCAGCGGGGAAGAGAAGAGGCGAGAGCACGGCUUUCCAGACGGACGGGCAGAGUGACUGUCGCUAGAAGGCAGAGCCGGCGUCUCCGCCCGGGUGGUGUGAAGCGCUGUCCCCCUUGCUCUCUGGUUGUGACUUUUUCUUUGUCAUCACAAAGACAGGAGAACCUGGUUGGUUUUUCUGCCCUUAGAGCAGAUUUCGGCAACACCCACUCCGUCAGAGACGACGCUCGGUCCCCGGGAUGAAGUCAUGGAAAUAAAGUCGCUUAAUUAACAAACUCCAGACGUCUCUCGGAGACCUGUCUUUCUGUUUCCUUUGAACGGGGACGUUUCUGGCAACAUGUGCCCCACCUCCCACAUCACGAGGACGUCGUCUGGGUACGGAGCCCGCGCAGGCCCUGCCGUGGGGAGCGCCAAGGGGGCCGCAGCUGCGCCAGAGCUCCGCGUCCUCCCCGUGGGGGGAUUUCGCAGCCCAGAGGCCCUUCAUCCAGGAGCAGAGAGGCAGCGGAAAGAAGUGGGCCCCGCAGCCCCAGUGUCUCCGGGCCACUGUCCAGCGCACUGUCUCAUUAGACCCUGCUUCCGGGAAGACAGCUACCUCCGCCGACACCGGACAGCUCAGCUCAGCCUCCUGAAACAUCGCUGGAGCCCAGGCCAGUGGCUUAACCACUCCCAAGGUCACAGUCCUGCGAGUUUAAACAAGGUCAUGAUGCCAGCAAGGUCAGGUAUGCUGGGAGCUAGAACCCCACCCUAGGAAUGUAAGGGACGCACGGGUCAGUCUGCUGAUGGCCGAGAACCCGGCCAACGCUUCGCACCUCUCGGCAGGGUUGGCUUUAGCAGGACGGCCUGGCUCAGUCGGGGCUGGCGGAGGGGCCCUGCCCGCCCUCUAGCCGUCCUCUGGGCCUGCUGCUUGCUGAGAGCCCGGCCCACGCAUUCCCCGCGUCAUCCUUCCCCGGGGUGCUGGGGUGGGGCCGAGUAUCCCCGGCCGGGCUGCGUGCUCCGCUUCCCAUCUCUGUCCGCAUCUCACGGGGGGAGGGCCGGGGCCGGGGGCUGCCCCAGCGGGCGUCUCGCGUGUUCAGAGCUCCAGGGAGACACUGCUCCCCUGUCCUGGUUGUCUGCAGAAGGGGACAGGUGGCCCCGGUCCUCGGGCACACACCUGGAGGCGAAUUGUGUGUCAGAGCAGGUGUGUCUUGGCUUCCCCACCUACUGCCUUUUCACUUCCCCGGGGCCUGGCCCAGGCUGCUCUGGCCUGCAGUGCCCAGGGGCUCCCAGGGCUGUGAGCGGUCACAGCACGGAUGGCAGGGCGGCGCCCAUGCUCUCAGGACGCCACUUCCCUGCUUGCCUCCCUGUCACUGACUUGGGCGAACCACAGCUCAGAGGCUGCAGGAGGCUCCUUGUGUCCGGGGUGCGCUUCACUCGAUGGCGUUUUGUUGACGUGGCCACAGAGCUCAGUCAGCACCUGGCGGGGCUGGCUCUGCUGCUGCUCAUGGAAGAGACGCUGCCUCCUGGGGAUCAGCAGUGCCACCUCUGAUGGCGCUCUGCGGGGUCAGGCCCUGAGACAGACUGCACAGAGCCCAGCCGUCUCCCCGUGUGCGGUCAGCACGGCACCGUUGCUGGCCGUGUCCCUGGGAUCGGGCUUUUAGCAGCAGCCCUGAUUAGCUCCAGGCAGGGACCAGCUCACGGGUCCCUGGGAGCUGUCGCCUAUGGAUGGCCCCGCUGGUACUGCCUGCAGCAGGUGUAGGGGGACAGCCUGGAAGUCCUGGGUGACUGCUCGGGGACAGCCAGACAGCUUGCUCUGUGGGGGACAAGUCUUCCUGCACGUGGGGCUCAUGCCUCCUUUGUACACUCAGCCUCCCUGGGCUCCUGGUCCAGCAACCCAGAUGUGCCCUGGUAACUGUAGGCCAAACCUCGUGUAAACAUGGCUUCCCCCACGAAGCCCUCCUGGGUUGAGCCCAGGCCGACGGGGCCACCACAGCACCCCCACCCUGGCUGUGUGUCGUCUGCCCUUCCCUCUGGGAACAGGGUUCCCCCGGGGCGGAGGCUGGACGACUGCUUGGUGCCUGGCAGAGGGCGCACCCUCUGCAUACAGAUCUUGGGUCCCAGCAGGGGCUGUGACACACACCCUGGGUGCAGCCACCUCGUGGACGGGAGCUGCACUGCAAACGGCUAAGGAGAUUUAU